AUGGGAGAGAUACCUGCUUACCUAGGCAAUUUUUCAUCCCUCAAGAAACUUUCUUUUGCUGGAAAUAAUUUCAAGGGAAAAAUUCCUACUUCUUUUGGGUGCCUGCAGAAAGUUUAUUUUAUUUCUGUAAGCUAUAACUACCUGAGUUCUACCAUUCCCAUAUCCAUUUUCAAUCUCUCAUCAUUGGUAACUUUUAAUGUAGAAGACAAUAAACUUGAGGGAUAUCUUCCUUCAAAUUUAGGCUCUACCCUUCCAAAUCUAGAGUAUUUUUAUAUUGGUUAUAAUCUUUUAAGAGGGCGACUUCCUAUCUCAAUAUCAAAUGCCACAACACUACACCAUUUUGAUGUUCGUCAUAAUGAUUUUUAUGGAGGGGUACCGUCAUUUAAUGGACUUGAAAGACUAAAAUUGCUUGCUCUUUAUGACAAUCCACUUGGUAAUGGAAAAUCCACUGAUUUGGAUUUCAUGUCAUUUCUUCUCAAUAGUACUGCUACACUAUUGACCCUGUAUCUUGAUAAUUGCAAUUUUGGUGGGGUUUUGCCCAGAUUCAUAGCAAACUUUUCACAUCUUAAGGAUUUUCAAUUAGAAGAAAAUAUCAUAGGCGGAUAUCUUCCAAGUGAAAUUCAUCUUCUUGUUAACUUACAAUACCUAGACUUAUCAGAAAAUGUCAUUGGCGGUACAAUUCCAAGUUCAUGGGGAGGAAGCCUUCAACAACUCAUCGGUUUAUACCUUGAAGGAAACAAUUUGUUUGGUGAGAUUCCAAUUUCAUUGGGAAAUCUGUCCCUUCUUAGUGAGCUUUACCUACAAUUCAAUGAGUUGCAAGGUACUGUACCAAAAAGUUUUGAAAAUUUUAAGUAUUUGUUAGAAUUAAAUGUUUCCAGAAACAAACUCCAUGGAAAUUUUCCCAAAGUUAUCUUCACAUCACUUGUGCAUUUAGACCUCUCUCACAAUCACUUUACAGGUCCUCUUCCUGUAGAGAUUGGUGGGUUCAAAGAUUUGGUGACACUAAACCUCUCAAACAACAUGUUCUUAGGCACACUUCCAAGUACCAUUGGUGCACUGAGUAGCUUGAUUGAACUCAACAUCAAUCAUAACCUUUUCCAUGGAUUUAUUCCUCCUUCUUUCAGUUCUUUAAAAAGCCUAGAAAUUUUAGAUCUAUCUUGUAAUAACCUCACAGGAAAAAUACCAAAAUUUCUAGGUAAACUUCAGUACUUGAAGCGAUUGAAUUUAUCAUUUAACCAUUUGGAAGGUGAGAUACCUACUGAAGGGAUUUUUAAACACAAGACUGAAGUUGAGCUGGUUGGAAACAACCUUUGUGGAGGUAUUCCACAAUUUGGGUUGCCAACAUGCCCAAGAGAAGGGGAAAGACAACAUCUGUCCCAUAUUCAAAAUUUGGCAAUUUUAAUGUCAAGUGGGACAUUGAUUCUGCUGAUAAUUGUAGCUCUUAUUGUGUUCAUUUAUAAGCAGAAGAACAAGAAGCCUUUAACGUUGGAUGCAACAACAGAGUUCAUGCCUAAGUUGUCAUAUUGGGAUAUCCAGAAUAGGGCUGUGCAGCGGUCGGGUUCGGACGGUUCGGGUGGUCGGAGGCUACAACCGAUCGGAUUUCGGUUUUAG